AUGGUGACCUCAAAUCACAGGCCUAGUGGGAUUUACAAGCAUGUCAAGUUGACGCCAGAUGAUGAUGAUGAUGAUGAUGAUGAUGAUGAUGAUGAUGAUGAUGAUGAUGAUGAUGAUGAUGAUGAUGAUGAUGAUGAUGAUGAUGAUGAUGAUGAUGAUGAUGAUGAUGAUGAUGAUGAUGAUGAUGAUGAUGAUGAUGAUGAUGAUGAUGAUGAUGAUGAUGAUGAUGAUGAUGAUGAUGAUGAUGAUGAUGAUGAUGAUGAUGAUGAUGAUGAUGAUGAUGAUGAUGAUGAUGAUGAUGAUGAUGAUGAUGAUGAUGAUGAUGAUGAUGAUGAUGAUGAUGAUGAUGAUGAUGAUGAUGAUGAUGAUGAUGAUGAUGAUGAUGAUGAUGAUGAUGAUGAUGAUGAUGAUGAUGAUGAUGAUGAUGAUGAUGAUGAUGAUGAUGAUGAUGAUGAUGAUGAUGAUGAUGAUGAUGAUGAUGAUGAUGAUGAUGAUGAUGAUGAUGAUGAUGAUGAUGAUGAUGAUGAUGAUGAUGAUGAUGAUGAUGAUGAUGAUGAUGAUGAUGAUGAUGAUGAUGAUGAUGAUGAUGAUGAUGAUGAUGAUGAUGAUGAUGAUGAUGAUGAUGAUGAUGAUGAUGAUGAUGAUGAUGAUGAUGAUGAUGAUGAUGAUGAUGAUGAUGAUGAUGAUGAUGAUGAUGAUGAUGAUGAUGAUGAUGAUGAUGAUGAUGAUGAUGAUGAUGAUGAUGAUGAUGAUGAUGAUGAUGAUGAUGAUGAUGAUGAUGAUGAUGAUGAUGAUGAUGAUGAUGAUGAUGAUGAUGAUGAUGAUGAUGAUGAUGAUGAUGAUGAUGAUGAUGAUGAUGAUGAUGAUGAUGAUGAUGAUGAUGAUGAUGAUGAUGAUGAUGAUGAUGAUGAUGAUGAUGAUGAUGAUGAUGAUGAUGAUGAUGAUGAUGAUGAUGAUGAUGAUGAUGAUGAUGAUGAUGAUGAUGAUGAUGAUGAUGAUGAUGAUGAUGAUGAUGAUGAUGAUGAUGAUGAUGAUGAUGAUGAUGAUGAUGAUGAUGAUGAUGAUGAUGAUGAUGAUGAUGAUGAUGAUGAUGAUGAUGAUGAUGAUGAUGAUGAUGAUGAUGAUGAUGAUGAUGAUGAUGAUGAUGAUGAUGAUGAUGAUGAUGAUGAUGAUGAUGAUGAUGAUGAUGAUGAUGAUGAUGAUGAUGAUGAUGAUGAUGAUGAUGAUGAUGAUGAUGAUGAUGAUGAUGAUGAUGAUGAUGAUGAUGAUGAUGAUGAUGAUGAUGAUGAUGAUGAUGAUGAUGAUGAUGAUGAUGAUGUAGCUGCUGAUCAGUCGACAUCACACUCCCAAUGGUAG